UUCAUUUUGGGUUUUCUGUCCUCAGCACUCCUCAGUGGAGUUCUGCAGUUUGGCACACAUUUCAGGCCUUGCCUCUCAUUCCUGCCCGUCCCCCGCUGCCAGAUUGGUUUUCACAGAAUCUCAGCCCCUCCCUGCUACCAUAGCGAUGCAGCUGUCACCUGUCAGUAUCAUGGUGGGAAACAGCACCGGCCCGUUAUGGCCCAGAAUAGAAUAGAGGGAGAGUCUGGCUGAAAGUGGGUGAGAAUGACAUCGGCUGCCUUGAAGAAUGAACAGUUGACCGGGGAAAACAUCCAAACUAUAGAGGCAUGCAGCGCGUGUGUGUUUGAAGACUUUACUGACUGUCCUGGGAGUGACUGACUGCUUCCACAAAGACUGGACUCAGACUGUUUUGAAUGGAUGACCAGGACAGGGUAAGCCAAGCAUCCAGUGUGGCCACAAUUUCAUACUUUCCUGUCACAAAGGAAAGUGAUGGGAAGGUGCAAACAUUUGGGAAAAGAUGUCAGGCUGCCAAAAGAGACCCAAACUGCCCUGUGGUCAUCAGAGGGUGGCUCAACAAAAAAGAUAGCUCUGGUUUGAAGCUUUGGAAAAGAAGAUGGUUUGUUCUUUCUAACUACUGUCUUUAUUACUAUAAAGACAGCAGAGAAGAAUCAGUCCUAGGCAGCAUCCCACUCCCAAGCUACAAAAUCCUGUUCUGCACACCGCGAGAAUGCAAGAACAGAAAAUUCACCUUCAAGGUGGUACACCAGGGCAUGCGCUCCUACUUCUUUAGCGCCGACACUCAGGAGGACAUGUUGGGGUGGGUUCGAGCCCUCAGUCAGUCUGCUGCCAUGGAGCCAGACAGCACAAUGAGCAGGCGUUGCUCAAGCUAUCAGGAUUUUACACAGAUAGGUGGCAGCAGUGAAUCAGUGGAAUUCCCCAGAAGCCCCACAGAAGAGGAGAGUCCCUCCAGUAAACACAGGCAUGUCAGCAGGACUCUGAGUGAACCGAGUCAUCUGAGCGGUGGAAGAAUGGGGAGGUCACACUCGGAGCAGAGGGGGCGGCGGAGUCAACAGAACCGAAACAGAAGCCCAUCAAACAGAACACCAAGCCCUCCUGAUUUCAGUAGAAGACGGUCUGCUGGUCCACACAAAGAGAACAGCUCUCUACCGGGGGAAAAUGCCCCAACACAAGCAGAGAUGAUUGGAGCAGGUUCUUUAAACUCAAAAGGACAACUAGGAUCACGACCUCAUACACCAGUGGGAAGGGUUGACAUUCGACCCCAUGACGAGCCAAUCAUGGUGCCGCAGACCCUGUACUAUGCUCCGGCCUCACCUAAGCCAGAAUUCAAAUCCGCUCCUACUACACCAGUCACAGAAAGGUGGCAAAGCAUGAGCAAGCCUAUACCCAUAUACGGUUCUGUACAUCAUACACCAAGUGGGCGUCGGCCUUUAGGAAAGAGCCAUUCCACAGGGGCAGACUUGUUGCCCCCUUUACCCCCAUCAUCGAGAGCCGCACAUGCAUCCCACCCCCCACAACACCACCAUGACCGCAGCCAUGUAUCUGUUUGUUUGCUACCGCCAGCUAUGGCUUCUAAAUCUGACCCGAGGGAACUGCCUCCCCUCCGGCCUCUUGAGAGUGAUGCAGAUGCUGUGUUAACGAGGCUGUGCGGAUGUGACAAGCUGCUGCAGUCACUGUCGGUAGAGCUGGGUCAGCUGCAAAUGGAUAAGGAUAGUGUCCAGUGUGCAUUAGAAGUGUCUAGACUGCAAGUUGAAGAGUGGAAAAACCAGGGCCCUCGUGCCCUCGAAGAAGCACUGACCCAGAAGGCUUUGCUACAGGAGGAGCUGGUUACAAUCAGGGCAAGAAUGUGUGAUGUGUCAUUGGAAAUGGAGCGGGUUUGGAGUCAGUAUGAGAGAAUGGAAAGUGAACUGACGGUUAUCCGUUCACAUCUUCAGCACAUCUGUAACUUUGGAAUGCCACAGGAACAGUCUCAAGCUCAGAGGGAACUGUGGAUGAUGGAGGACAUUCUUGCCGGGUUGAGGGCCAAUAGGGAUCAAUACUGUUUCCUGCUGGGAUUGCAGAGAUACCACCUGUUUCAGUCGCCUGCUCCACAUCCCGGAUCUCCAGGUUCUCCUACAGAGAGGUUGCAGAGUGGAUUUCCAGUGGAUAUGGAACAAGAGCCACCAGUCCGGCCACCAUUACCCCUGGAGCUAGACAACCACCAGAGUAGGGACACGGGCCCCAGCUGGACAGAGUCACCAUAUGAUGGAAUCUACUGCCAUGUUGUUGAUCCAGGGAACAGACCCGGAAACAGCCAACCUGAUCUCCUUAAUGUGAAAGCACAGAGGGACGCUCCCGGUCGGUACAGUGGAGCAAAGCAAAACAUGAAGAAAGAGCCAAUAAAACAGGAAUCUCAGUCUGCUUCAAAGUGGAUCCCACCAGACACAGCCAACCAAUCAACCAAGAGGAUGAAAAUGAAGAUGAGUGAAGAGGAGCAGAUUGAGAGGAUGAAAAGGAAUCAGGAAAGGUUGACCAGCAAGAGAAAACCUCCAUUACCCACUGAGGGAGCCCAGAGUCAAAGUUCAGACAUGAAAGAGGAGGCCCCCUUUCCUCUAAGAGUUACACGAGUGGUCACAGCUGUCCUACCAUCCUCACUUGUGGCCAGAAGAGUUUCUGUUGAGGAUCCCCCAUCUGAGCUCAACACUCUGCUGCCUGAGCAGAUCCUACCUGAGAUACAGGAAACACUGUCUGAAGAGGGCAGAACGUUUCUGAGCAAACCACCACGGCGGUUGUUGUUGGAGAGCCAGGAUCCAACCCAGGAUGAGUCCAAUAAAAGGACAAGCAGACAGCAGCAUCAAGUCGGACUAAGGGUCUCCAAAGUGGAGCCACUCAGCGUCACUGAGGGAGCAGAAGACUCCAGCAAUCAGGCUCAAGAUAUAACUGACUCAGGAGAUGGACAUGAAAGCUCAAAUGAAGGGGAACAGUCUCAUGGCUCUCUGGUCCCUGACACGGACCCUGACCACAGUCUGACUCCUGAACAGCGAGAUGCUAAGCUCCGAAGAGUGGAACGAAUACGAGAAAGAGUCAUGCGGAGUGCAGCCAGAGAGAAUGCUGCUCUUUACAGUCAACCCCCGGUCAGAGGGAAGGGGAAGGAGAUUCACCAGGCGCCCCCUGAUGCGGUCAAAAAGCAAAGAAAAGCAGGCCCAGAGGACUAUGGGAGUUGCCCAGAUACCUUGAGGACUCCAGCGGAACAUCGUCUUUCUAGUUCAACGUCUCAGGAUGAAGAUGAAGCACAUCAGCAUGACAAAUUAAACAGUCAGGCAAGGUUUGAGAACAGAACACAGCACAGUAGGAGAGCAGCGGCUGCCCGGACUAAAGCCAAACACCCAGCUUCACCACACCACAUUUCCUCCAUGACAGUCUACCAAAAGGAUGGAGGCAAAGGAUUUACAAGUUGUAAAAAUGCUGAACAUAAAAAGUUUGAAGAACCACCUACUGCUGAUGAAAAUGAUUUAAAUCCAUCUGACCUGAGAGCUAAAUGGUUCCUCUCCACCAACCAGUGGCAAGGGUUUAUCCCUUUACAGAUCCCUGCCUUCGAAAACCUUUACAGUGAAGACACAGAAGGCAUCGAUAGCCAGCCAAUUUCUGCUGAUGACUUUAAUGAACUCAAUGAAAUGUCAUCAACAGUGAGUGAAAGUCUGGAAAAAAUGAAAGACAACCAUUCAUUCUUCUAUAAGAUUGCAUGUGACAUCAGUAUUUCAGAUUCAGACAUUUCAAAGAAUGAUGCUCAAACAUCAUCCAAACUUCCAGAAGAAGAAAUGCAACUGAUUUCUGAAUCGUUGCCAACCAGUAUUGUAGAAACACCAUCUGAUCUAAAGAGCUCGGAUUCCAUGCAGCACUCAUCAGAUGAAAACGAUCUGAAAUCUGCUAAAACUCUCCCAGACUCAACUGCCGAAAACCAUGAUAAUACAAUGUUAAAGGUUUUAGAGAAUCAAGCAUGCAAUGUUGAAAAUAUGACUGAGCAAAAAUCUGAGGACAGAAUCAUGCAUGAGGCUGCGUUGAAAGUUAUAAAGACUGACACUGAGGCUCGUGUUCGUGCCAAUGAUUCGGAUCAGAUGCUGGGUAACCGUCCAAAGAUGAGAGAGGAGCUCAGUGGGCUAAAAGAAAUGGGAAACAUGAAAGUGGACCAAGAGAGAUCUGAAGAACAAAAGAAAUGUUCAAGUUUGAACAAGACGAGCAGUGAGAACAACCAAGAAAGAGACAACAAACGCUUUAGCAGCCUGUCCAACUCUACAUGUGAGGGCAGCGGUUUGAUUCGGAGUGCGUCUUUUGCGAAGCCGAGAGUAACAGUAAUAAAGACUAGUUUAUAGAAACAAGACAUCGGUGGCUCAAGCAGUUUAAAUAAAUGAGCUUUGGAAUGACAAGAACUUUGCGAAGUGAAUAUUGGAAAAUCUCAACUGAUUACUUUAGCUGUCAGAGGAAGUUUAAGCCUACCUUUAGUUAAAUAUUGUGUCAUGGGAACAAACUCCGGUAGAAUCAGUCAUGAUGUUGUAGAAACUUGAACAUUUCCAUUUUAGAAAAUACCUGAGUGUUGACAUUGAUGAAAAAUCAUAAUACUGCUUCAAAAACUGGUCUUUCAGCUGAUGGUGAACACCAAAUACCUUUUGUACAGGUACUGUAAAGUACAUUUGUAAUACUUAUGGCUAACACUUUCAUUCCUUCUAAGAUAUGCAUCAAACAUACCAUAAGAGUUAAAUGGAGACUGCUUUUGGUUUGGCAACAUAACCCUGUUAUCUCCACUGUAAGAUGUGUUUUGUAUCUCAGACUUCCUGAAUAAUAAACAAUCCGUGUGCUACA